AAUGUGAGUCAAAAGGAGACAGCUUGGUGACACUGAGUGUCAGCAUGACCCUUCACACUAAAGCUCUACUGCUGGUCUUCAGUUUCUCACUGUGUGGUAGUCUGUCUGCUGCAUCUUUAAAUAGAAAUGAAAGAGCCCACUUUUGGGCUAGCACAGACACUGAGCCAACACAAUGGACGUCCCAAUCAACAAAAAUGGACAUGACUACUCCAACCGAUGUAUUAUAUUCAGAGGAGACUGGGCAAGACAUUGAGGUGGACCUUUCAGUUGAUCUAAACCCCUAUGCUGCAAUGAAUGAUCAUGGUUUGUCAAGACUUCUAGCCUCAAGAACACAGUGGAUCAAAACUUUGACUUCCACUAACACUGAACCUCUUUUAGACAUCCAGAAUGAUGAAGAGGCAUCUGAUUGGCCAACUUUUAUUAUGCAAGUCAAUAUGGAACAAUCUUUUAAAUCAUCUUCAUUGGCAACACUACAGCCUUUUCCUUCUCAGGCCUGGGGUGCUGAGUCCAAGAAACCUGUUGCUUGGAAUACAGAGACAUACACACCUCAGACUCCUGCCGAAACCAGAUUUAGCACCUACCAGAGACUGUGGAAGUCCUCCGGUGCUACCCAGACACCAUCUGAGGAAACAAAGGAUUUGACAGAUGCUCCUACAGCAUCUUCAAGUGAUGACAGACGCAAAUCUUCCACGCUUCAUGACUGCAGCCUGGUUGGCACUGGGAUCUGUCAGUCACCUGACUCCUCAAGGAAUCACGUUUCAACUAACAACACCCUGUCCACUCCACCUCCUAUGUAUGAAACCACACCCCCUGGUGUAAUAACCCCACCCCCUGAAGCCCAGACCCCGCCUCUAUUGGUCCCUUUGCUGGCUGAUUGGAAUGCUGCUAUGGCAUCAUGGGGCCUUGCAUGGGAGUUGCAGGUAUACGGGCUCAGCUGUGUGUUCUCGCUCGUGGCUGUGCUGUCUGUGCUCAGCCUGAUGUGUUUGCCAUUGCGUUGGCCCUCUGGCUGUGCCCACUUCAGCCUCCUCCACCUUCUCCAACUACUAACAGGUUCCAGCAGAGCUCUGUGGCUCCUCUAUGAUCCAUAUGGCCAAAAAGAGCGCCUACCUGUAGUCUGGGCACGACUGCUGCACGAAGCUGCCUAUCCCUGUAUUACUGCGUCAUUUGGCCUUCUGCUUCUACUGCUAACUGCUCGCUCUUGUUCCCAUCUACUUUCCCAGAAUACCCUGCAGCGCAGCACCUGCGUGUUGGCCGCCUUAGUGCUGCUGCACAUAGCCAUAGUGAUGGCUUCCAUGGCAAUACUGCAACUCUUUCCCACCCUGAAAAUUGUGCCUCUAUUGCCGCCUGCAGCCUUUGUGUUGUUGUCCUCUCUCUUCUCAUUCACGUACCUGCUUCUUUACUGCUGUGGCCGUGCCGAUGUCAAGCACAUUUACCGACUAAAAGAGAGCUGUCCUGAGCGGCCAUCAUGCCAUGCUAGCAGGUGUCCAUUCACAGAGGCACAGAUGUGGGAAAGGGCAGCCAGGACAGGGGUAUUCUCUGCCCUGUUUCUGCUAGCAUGUGGCAGUCUACGACUUUACGCCAUGCUCCAUGCAGGAGGGCUAACCGGUGGAGUCAUGGUUGGCCUGAAGCCCUGGCCCUGGUGGGGCUUUCAGCUCAGCUGCCGAGUGUGUGAAACAGGAGUAUGUCUCACACUCGCUCUUGUAAUCACUCACCCCCUUCUCUGUUGCGGAGUGCCCCUUUCCAAACCAGGAGGCUGCAGCUGGCUCUUCAAAAAGACACCCACAGAAGGCGCCACGUUGGCCAAACCCACCAUCCUCUCGAGUCGGUGUGGCUGGUCACUACGGCCCGCCGAGAAGCUGGGGUUGGGUGAGGGAAUAGUACGACGGGAAAGUGAAAGCGUGCCGCUCUACACCUUGGUGGAACUUCUGAACAGCGAAUCAGAUGGUUUGGACCUCCACUAUCCAGCCAGCCCUCAGCAUGAGUCUUGCACACAGCUCUCCCAAACCACAAAGAGGAAAGCAUCCCAUGCGUCCUCCUUUGCAAGCUCCGACGCCGACUCCACGGCAGAUCUGCAGCCCCCUUCAACAAUCGAUCUGCAACGAAGCAUUGACGAGGCCUUGAACAGUGAGGCUCUGUUACAGCAUAGCCAGUUCGGCUCUUCCAGGCUCUCUCUCAGCACACGCGGACCCCCGGACGGACAAUCCUGUUGGAGAAACUCCACCGAACCCAGCAUAUACCGCACUGCCUCCUGUGGUGAUGUGGACCCUGCUACAGUCCCCAGCCGACCUAGGCAAUGGAGCACUGUAUGUGGGAGACCUGCUCACGCCUCGGUCAAUUGUAGUGGGUUUAACUCAACACAACUGUCCCAGAGCAACCUACAUAGGGGCUCUCAAUCUGUGCAGCAACCCCACAGACGGUACAUGGCCUUGGGCCCUACGUCCACCAGAGAGAGCGUGGAUGUGGAGAAAACUUCUCAUGUUGAUGAGCAUGCCGUUCAGGAUGAAUUCAUCAACGACUGCAGGCAAAUAGAUGCAAUCAGCAUCAGCAGUGCUACGAUCAACCUAUAGGGAGACAUAUCUUUAUUCAACCACAUUUACAGUUAUUCAUUUAGCAGAUGCUACAGAUUGUGCAAUAUAGAGGAUGUGCUGUGCUUACCUGCAGAAUUAACAUUUUCCAGUUUAACGCUUAACGCAGGGUUGUCAAGGUGUGUUCUUGGGAGGUCCACCUUCCAACAUAAUUUAGCUCCAACUUCCCUGCUUGUUUCAGGUGCGUUUAAUUUUGGCUAUAAACUCCUCUGCUGGACGAGAAGACACCCCUGAUUUAACCAACAAACUUUAAGUAAUUUCAACCCUAUUUACAGAACUCUUCUUGAUAUAAACAUAGAGAGGAAUUUGCUGUUCAUGCACUCUGCUUGAAUGGAAAGUAUUUUUUUAUUUUGGAAGCAGACAUGACAUGGACAAAACGGCAACCUACAACGUUUAAGUGAGUAUAACUUUUCUCAAGAUCACAGUUCUCUUUCAACAGUUAGAAAUUCUCUGAAAUCCACUUCUUAUAUUCGACGAAUAUUGUUGAAAAUGCUUGGUUUGAUCAAAAGACUUAAAAAAAAAUUAUUUAAUGAA